CAACAAACAGCUCUAUUUACAACAGUUCAUUGUACAUACCCUCAAAUAGUUCAAAAAUAUAAUGCCCUUCCCCAUCGAGAGGUUUAGCGAUCUUAAUGUCGCCGUCCCAUCCGCAGAGAAGAAGCCACACAAGCUCUCACAAUUUAAUGACACGAGAACGGACGAGUAUUAUUGGUUGAGGAGCGACGCCCGAGAUGAUCCAGAGGUGCUCGAAUACCUAUGUAAGGAGAAUGCUUACACCAAGGCGUGUCUAGAAGACCCCACAGAGGUACUUCGGGCGACCCUCUAUGAUGAUAUGAAAAGUAGAAUCAAAGAGGACGAUCGACAGCCUGCGUUCAGAGAGGAUGAUUGGUACUACUACACUCGUACAGUGGAAGGGCAACAGUACUCAAUUCACUGUCGACGCCCCGUGCCCAGUGCACGUGCGGGUCUCCCGCCAACCAUUCACGACACUGUAGAUACCAAUGAAGUUGAACAGAUACUGAUUGAUGAGAACGUACGGGCAGCCAGCCUACAGUACUACCGUAUGAACGCGUGUGAGCAGUCACCCAACCACAACACAUUGGCCAUAGCCGAAGACACCACGGGCGCAGAGAAGUAUACCGUGCGAUUCUUCGAUCUGUCUGAUGGCGGUGCAACGCCACUGCCGCAACAUAUCAUCGAGAACUGCUCGGGCGACAUCGCAUGGGCAACCGAUACGAUUCUAUUCUAUCUCACCAAGGAUGCUUUGGACCGACCAGAUCGGUUGUGGCGAUAUGACCUGUCGGCUGCCCAUCCAGAGAGUAUGGAUGUGUUCCAUGAGACCGACGAUCAACAUUACCUGAGCCUCAGCAGAGCACAGU